GCAUCCAGCUUCUGAUAGACAUAUCAGUUCUGUGGUCGCAACCUUCUCUCUCUCUCUCUCUCUCUCUCUCUCUCUCUCUAAAACCUCACUUCUGGUCGGGCACGGUCAUGUUUACCUCGAAAACCAUCAACAUGCCAGCCUCGCUGCGCCGCCGACUUCUCGACGACAUCGCCGACAUUCAGCAAGACCCGUAUCCAAAUGUGCACCUACACUUCGACGAUGCGAACAUACACAGCGCAUGCUUGAUUCUGACACCCGAGGAUCAAGACCCGCUGCAUCUGAAGAUGGAAUUCCCAGAGAGUUACCCGCUUCGUGCGCCGACGGUCACGAUACAGAGUGAUAUCAUACACCCAAAUGUGUUUGGCGGUUACAUCUGCGCCUCGAUACUAAACACAAUUGGGGGUUGGACGCCGGCUUAUACAUUGAGAGGUAUCGUUAUUCAGCUACUUAGUUUCUUCUGCAGCGAUGAGCUGGAGCAAAACUAUGCCGGCCGCCCACAACUGAAGGAGGACUAUGCCGGCGGCGCUAUUAACUUGGCGGAGUAUCGGAGGAAGGGCUUGAGACAAAGUCACAUCCGUAGCAACUUCUCCUCGUGCCUUGUCUGUGGGUUUGGAGAGGACCGAGACAGGGACUUGGAACCUUCAGAGCCUGAAGACAUGGCGGUGGAAUACACUGCCCCACCAACACAACCCACGUCGAUCGUCUACCCUAAGCCUGAACAACAUAUCUCGAAGCUUUUCGCGCUCCCGGAUGAGAUUCUCCUCCUCUUGCUUUCGGAGCUGGGAACUCGAGAUGUCCUCGCGCUUGCCGACGCCGUUCCCACGAUCAAGACGGUAGUCUACUCAUACGACUUCAUCCGCACCCGCGAAUUGCAGUGCUUCUGUCUCAAGAGGUCGUUCAUGGAAAUCAAGCUAGGAAUUGGCGUCUCUGUCAAGGGCGGCAGGCGGCCUGUCUUCCGCUCCGAGUUCGACCUGCUAGGUCAGGAGGCGUUCUUCCAGCACGGUGUGCGGAGGAGCAUCCAGGGUGUCGAAUUCGAGAAGUGGCUGCCCUUGCCACUGAGCCGGCGGCACUGGAAUCUAGUCAAGACGAAUGUUGGGCCUUGUUUGAAGGGUCUUCAUGACCAUGCGCAGAUGCGCAGUAAAGAGGCUGACCAUGUCGAUGUGCUGUAUCACUUCAUGAACAGCAUUGUGGUGCAGUUCUCUGCUGAUGCGGAGAAGGGUUACAACAGCCCUGACUCCCGGAGCACGCUCAGCCAUGCAUCCGAGAAAGCUGUAGAGGCGUACUUCUCCAUCUUCCAUCUCCUCCUCUGCCUCGCAACCGAAAACCCCGCCAUCGUCACCGGCGCAAAUCGCAUCGUCUCCCGCUUCCUCGCCGGCCCACGUACAAAAGCCCACUUCCCAGACCUAGGCCAUGUCCUCGUAGCAGCACUAAUCUCCGACGCGGGCCUCACAGAGGAUCUCACUUUCCACAUCAUCAAAGAAGCCAUCCUCCGCAACGUAGUAUGGAUGCUAGACACAAAAGGCGCCGGCAUGGCCGAACUCGCCUACCUCGAGCCAUCAGCCGUCUCCGACUACCGCCUAGUCAUGACCUUCAACGCAUCCCCAACGUCCUACCGCCUACUCAUGUUCCUCAAACUCUUCAGCGCCGCCGCCCGCCCGCCUGGCAAAUCCCUCUCGGACCUGCGCGACGCACUGUUCGACACGCACGGUGCCCCACCACCAGGUACAUCCACCACCAUGGCCCAGCGCAUCCGCUCUAUCCGCGAAAUCAACACGUUCCCGCGUUUCCUGGCUGCGAUGGGGAUCAAGGACACGCCGAGCAAGGCGCAGUUUACGGCUUUCCUUCGCCGCACGGUCACGGAUAGUGUGAGUGUGGGGUAUUCGCGUAUGCCCAUGUCGCAGAGCGAGUUGUAUAUGAUUCGGAAGGUGAGGGAGCGGAAUGUUGAGGUUGCGGGGGGUGUGCAGGUUACGUCUGCGCUGGAGCGCUGGUUCGAGCGCGGGGAACGGUGGUAUGAUAAUGGGUGGAAUGGGCGGCCGAGUUUCUUUCCGGAAGAUAGGGGCUUGGGGGGUGGGAAUGGUCGCGGGAAUGGUCGUGGGGGCCGUGGGCGAGGAGGUGGAGGGGGAAGGGGGAGAGGGGGAUAAGUGUACGUUGGCAGCACGGUACCUUGCAAUAGUUUCAAGAUUCAUUCAACUCGGUGGGGCUUCAAGCUAUUUAGGAUAUUAUUUUACUGAAUAUACCAAUUCGCCAAUA